AUGAUAGCAUCUUGGAAGAAUGAGAAUGCUACAAGACGAUUAAUUUAUGCUUGGAAAGAACAUAAAGAUGAUUUUAAAAGUGGAAAAUUCAAGUCCUCCGAUGUAUGGAAAAAAAUUGCUAUUAUUCUUCAAAACGAGAACAGCCAAUGGAUGCAUACUGGUAUACAAUGCGAAAACAAAUUUAAAGAAUUGCGCAAAAAGUAUGUCAAGGUAAAAGAUCAUAACAAUCAAUCAGGUAAUAGCCCAGCGACAUGUAAGUUCUUUAAUGAAUUGGAGGAAGUGUUAGGAGCUAAAUCUUGUGUCGCACCUGUGGCUCUGGCUUCUAAUUUGAAAAAGCGAUCAGCAUCAACUAGUUCUCAAAACAGUGACGUAGAAAAUGAAUCUGAUAAAAAAUGUGAAAAGAAGAAAGUAAGGAAGACCAGAGUUCAGAAGGAACUGGGUGAGUGGUCUGCUUCUUUACGUGAAGAUGCUAAGCACAGGGAGGAAGCAAGGGACCGACGCCAUAAAGAGAUUAUAUCAGUAUCUGAUCGAGCAAUUACUGCAUACACAAAUAUGAUGGAAAAACUCAUAAAUAAGUUUUAA